GCCUGCCGGCCUGGGGGGCAGAAGAGCUUGGGUACUGGGUUUGCUCCAGCAGGCACUGGCUCCAGGGACCCAGUAGGCUUUGUUAAUCCUCGAGGCGCCGGAGGAGGACCAGCCUGCACUAUGAGGCCGUGGCUCCUGGCCUGCCUGGUGGCCUGCUUCGUGGGUGCCUGGGCUCCUGCUAUCCAUGCUCAAGGUACUGUCUCGGACAUGUCUGCCCCCCUGGGGCCAUCCUCUCCCCAUCCUUCCAGUGUUUCCCCCACUGUGUGCCUGUCUCCUCCGUCUGGAAGCCUCCCCUGAUUCCAUCACCAUUGAAUUAAUUCUCCAACAGACAGCACCCCACUCCUGGCAUCUGUGCUGCUUCUUAGGGGUGCAUGGUUCUCUUCCCCUCCUUCAAGGGCCCCUUGGCACCUCCUCCACCAUCCAUGACCCAAGGCUUCCCUCCGGACUCCAACCAGUCCAGGGGCUGUGGGGAGCAGAGGGUGAAUCUUAGCAGCGGCAUGGCUGCUGACCUACUGUCUGGGACACACUGCAGUGUCCUGAGCCUGCAGAGCCAGGGGUACAGGGUGAGAUCAGAGUCUGGGAGACCAACAAGAGUGGGUCUCCAUCUCGGCUUUCCCCACCCAGGCUCACUGUAUGGCCCUGGCUGAGAGUUGCUACUCAGCCUUCAGGAGCCCCAGUUUUGUCAUCUGCAAAGUGGGGCUCCAAAUUCCCACUGCAAAGAUGGGACGUGAGGACCUGAUGGGCUGAUGUCUGCAAAACUCUUGGCUCACUGCCCAGCAGCAACACGGAUAACCAUUACUGUUAUUAAUGAGGAAUUCCUUCCCUCUUCUCCCUAGAUUAGGCACUUGAGGGUAUGGGCGACCAAAGGCCAUUCUGGAGCCCUGCCACUGGGCUCUGCCUCCCUGUGAGCCCUAGCAGUUGGCCAAGCAGGACUCCUGGCCAGGUGGAAGCUCCAUGGCCUCCCCACCUGCCCCACCUGCACCUCAUUAGAUCUGAGAGGCCCUAGCCCUACCCCCCAGGAGACCUUAGCCUUUGCCCAGGAUGGGGCUGGGCUUUGUUCCCAUUGUCUUGCUAUUAGAGGCCCAUUUCAGGAGCCAGGCCACCCAGGCUGGGCCCUUUGAUCCUGGGAACAGAGCAGCCCGGGAACUGCCUGCCUGACCCUGCAACAUAGGGUCCAUCUGCCUCUACUGCUCCUUGCUCUUGGGGUCAACAUUGAGAGAUAGAGGGAGCCUUCAAGCCCUCCCCAUGCCCCUCUCAGGACUCAGGUGUGUGGCCCCUGGAGACAGGGGUUGGCAGAGGGACAGAUCCCAGAGGACCUUGAAGGGCCAGCACGCCAUCUCCACAUUAAUUCAUCCUCUGUUCAUUCCACCCACUCAACCUCCCAGACCCUUCCUUCGGGCACCAGCAGCUCUUCCUCCAAGCCCCCCGCCCCACAGCAGGUCCCUGCUCUUUCCCCUCCCAUCAUGGGGACUGAGAGAAAGAGGCACUUGAGACAGCCCUAGGUGGGAAAGAGCCAGCCCAGAGCAGGAACUGGGACAUCUGGUAAGAGGAGGCACUGGGCUGGGAGUGGUGGCCCCUUCUCAGGGUGCUGCACCCCUUCCUUGCCCUCUGCCCCAGAGCAGGAGUGCAAAUGGCCCUGGUCCCCCCUUUAUUUCAUGGUCCUGGGGUCAUUCCAGCCAGUGCCUGUGGGGUCCUCUCCAGCUGCUGCCAGCUGUCCCCUUAUCAAGGACCAAAGGUGAGCCAGGUGGCUUCCUUACCUCCCCAGCUAUCCCCAGGCCUCCACAGGGCCUGGGAGGGUUGCGAUGUGUGCACGGCAAGUGCUCACGUCUGUGGCCAUCCCUGCAAAGGGCACACGUGGCUGCACACACAAAUGCAGAGAUGUGAGCCUGUGGGUGGCUGUGUGAUCGCAGGUGCCUUUGAGGACUGCUGCCUGGCCUACCACAGCCACAUUAAGUGGCGCCUGCUCCGGCGCGCCCACAGUUACCAGCGCCAGGAUGUGAGCGGGAGCUGCAACCUGCCUGCUGUGAUAUUCUUCUUCCCCCAGAAAGACAAGAUGGUGUGCGGGAAGCCAGGGGCCAAGUGGGUGCAGUUUGGGAUGAAGAUCCUGGACAAUCGGAAUAAGAAGGACUCAAAGCCCCACCACAGCGGCCGGAGAUUCUUCCAAGGCCCUCAGUCUGGAGUGAGGAAGUUGAGCUCUGGAACCUCCAGGCCUCUGCUGUUGAAGUUUAGUGGUCCCACCAGAAGCAGCAAGAGGAAAGCCUCCCUCCUGACAACAGCUAUUCCAGGACCAUGAGCCCACAGUUCCCCAGGAUCACCCAGCACAAGAUGGGUGGGAACUUUCGCCAACACCAUUGUCACGCUGCUGCCUCAGCUGCCCCAGCCCUUCUGUCCUUCAGGGCAAAUCUCAAUCCUGGCACCUGAGGCUGCCCUGGUUCCCUCCCUGUCACCCCUGCCACCUCUGGCUCCCUGGUCAGCUGGAACGAAGGAGCUGAUCUUAUUUCAAGCCCUGGGUCUGCUUUGGGCACCAGAGUCAGCCCGGCCUAGACAGUGGUUCUUGGAAAAGGACCAUUGUCACAGUUGCUUACCUGCAGAGCCACACCUGGCUGUGUCCCUUUGGGUCCUUGCAAAGCUUCAGUUCUCUCCCAGGAUGUGCCUGUUUGUAGCUUUUAAAUAAAUCUUUGGUAGGAUUC